AUGACGAAGGGUGAGGUUGAUCAUGUAAUAUUGAAAGAACGAGGGUUGACAGAUAACUGGAUGGAUCAUGUGACUGGCCCUGGAACGGCUAGCACAGUGAUGCCACAGCCUGGCCAACCAGCACCGCCUACCCAUUCAUUUGAUCCUUUUAUAGCCGAGCAACGUCAAUUCUAUGCGCCAAUUCAGACGACAUAUCGGACACCUGAGCCUAAGGGUCUGCAGCAACCGGAUGAUCGUGCGGAACCAAUCCAGGAAUUGACCCCACCAUCUGUGGAAUGGAUGCCCCAGCAACCGGAUGAUCACUCUGAGCAUACAUUACCAGGAGUAUUCCCUGACGAUGAAUUGCCGUCGUUACUAUCUACACCGUCACAUGAUCGUUUUCCGACCGGAAACCCUGCUGCAGAGACUGAGGGGGUGGAGAGUUAUCAAAGCGUUGAUCAACUGCCUGAGCAGUCUCCGCAGAAUUUCGAUUCUUUUACACCAGAGCCACUAUCGGACAGCCCCACCAGAUCAGCCGCCUGA